AAUCAUUCAUUAAUGUGCCUGUCAUCAUCAGCUUCACUUAGAGUUGGCCAAAAUUCCAAGUUUAAAGAGGAAGACUUAAGCAAAUGGAAAGGCUAAAUUUUAUCAAAAAUGGAAUGAGUAGAUUGCCUCCCGGAUUUCGUUUCCAGCCAACUGAUGAAGAGCUUGUGUUUCAGUACUUGAAGUGUAAGAUCUUCUCGUGCCAGUUACCUGCUUCAAUCAUUCCUGAGAUCAAUGUCAGCAAGUAUGAUCCUUGGGAUUUUCCAGGAAAUUGUGAUGAGCAAGAGAGGUACUUUUUCAGCUCCAAGGAAACGAAGUAUCGAAACGGAAAUCGCAUGAACCGAACAACUAACUCUGGAUAUUGGAAGGCAACAGGAUCAGACAAAAAAAUUUCAUCAUCAAUAAGUAAUAAUGGCAUUGCCGGGGUGAGAAAAACUCUAGUAUUUUACGAAGGGAAAUCUCCAAAUGGGUCUCGAACUGAUUGGGUCAUGCAUGAAUAUCGACUCGUCAGCUUAGAAUCUGAUGCUUCCAAUUCAUCCCAGAACUAUGCAAACGAGAUAGGGGAUUGGGUUCUGUGUCGCAUGUCCAUGAAGAAAAGAAGUAAAGAAAGUGGUGACAACUCUACUGCUCCCAGGAAGAACAAUACAAUGAGGAAUUCUGUUCAGGUGGAUCAGCCAAGAUUCUUUGAUUUUUUGAGUGUUCAAAAUUCAGCUCCAGCUCCUAUACAUUCUUCUACAUCCUCGUCUUCUUCAAGUUCCAAUAACUUUGUAGAGGUCUCUUCACCUAACCACGAAGAAACAAGCGGCUAUGCUGAUUUUUAAGUGCAAUAAUGUAGCUAGUAUUACAUAUCUCUUCCUUUUAUCAGCAAUCUUCAGGUGUCUAUAUAUAUCCAUGCAUUAAGAAAAAUGGAUCAUAUGGCAGAGAAUGUUCAUGUUGAUUUGGUUCUAAUUAAAAUGGAGCAGACGUACGUUAUAUCUAGGAUGUCUCAAUGCUCCCUAUUUCACUAGCAACCACACUAGGUUUUCUCAUGUUUUUCUGGUAAUUUUUCUCUUUUUUUUUCUUUGGUUAACAAGUAUUCAUCAUCAUGUCUUGUAAAUUCUAUAUAUUGCACUAUGGCUAUUGUUAUAACUCUAUGUAUAUAUGACUGGUUAUUUUAAUAUUCAACACUCAUAAUUUUCUUACCACAAGAAGGGUUAGUUUGCGGAGGAACCAUGUGAUAUGUAGUGAU